AUGUCAUUCUUUCUUCAUGCUGAACAAUUGGAGCAAGGAAAGAACACUCAGCAUGCCCCCACUUUUGGGGAGCUGGGCAGGGGCCAUGUCAUUCUUUCUUUUCUCCGAGUGGUCAAACUGAAGAAAGAGCCCCAUGGAGUAUCAGCUGGCAUUUCUCUCCAGCUAUUAACGAUUACCAAUACAGCUUCACUUCCCAAAGAGCUCUGUGUGACGCAAUGCAUGAGAAGCCUUACAGCAGAGGAAUACGCAAAGGCCUUUCAGUCAUUCCUAGACCAUUCGACUGAACACCAGUGCAUGGACCAAUUCAAUAAGAAUGAGCUGCCAAAUAUAAUAGCCAGUAUUGGAAAAGGAAAAUCCACUAUCAAUGUGCUGGGUGUGGGAAGUGGCACAGGAGAACAAGACUUGAAAAUGAUCAGAAUAAUCCAGUCCAAACGCCCAGGAGUCUUCAUUAAAAAUGAAGUCAUAGAACCCAACCCACAACAUAUUCUGGCAUACAAAGAAGCAAUUAAGAAUUCUUCUGAUCUCAACAAUGUCUCAUUUACCUGGCACCAGUUGACAUCCAUGGAAUAUGAAAAGCAGGCAAAAGAGUGGAAUGUAGGAAAGAAAUAUGACUUCAUACACCUGAUCCAGAUGCUGUACCGUGUGGAGGAUAUUGCAAAUACUAUCAAGUUUUUCCACAGCUGCCUAGAUUGUUAUGCUAAACUUCUGAUUAUAAUUUUAUCAGGUGACAGUGGAUGGGCUUCUAUAUGGAAGAAAUACAGACAUUGUCUACCCCCAACUGACAGUGGCCACUACAUCACAGCCAAUGACAUCAAAGUGAUCUUGAAGAGAAUGGGAGUUAAAUACAAGGUGUAUGAUUUCCCUUCUGUUUGGGAUAUCACUGAAUGUUUUAUUGAUGGAGACAUCACUGGAGGUCAUACACUAGACUUCCUGACAGGGACAAAGGAUUUUAUGAACACUGCACCUCCUUUUCUUAAGCAACAGCUUCGACAAGCUCUAGGCCAACCGGAAUGCAGCACCAAGAAGGACGGGAGGAUAAUUUUCAAAAAUGAUCUAAGCAUGAUUGUGGUCAGCUCCUAAUAACAGGAGAAAUAUCACAGGCUAU